ACACAUUAUAGUGUGACACAGAGCAACAACGUGACCUUUCCGCAAUAUUUGGCAAGCGUGGACGCUGAGACAAGUAAACCAGACUUCAGGACUAUUUAUUUGGACAUUUGAGGGGGUGCAACUAUUAUUCACAAUAUUAUUAUAAUGGAAACGAAACAAAAACGCGCCAGCUACUCUUCUUGUUCUGUUUAAAUCCUUCAACUUGACACGCCUGCAGUCCUGAAAGUUUAGCUUUUAUCACGAUGUUACGGCUCUUUACAAGCCGAGGUUUUUAUGAACUCUGGAAAUGCAGUCAUUUUGUGUCAUCCUGCGUCACCAAGAGGCAAAUUACCAGUUUUCUUCCAGCCAGCAGUGCCUGCCAGCACCGAGUGUCCAUCCUGUCUCGCCACUUCAACACUGGGAGUCCGGCGAGGAAAGAUGCCCCUCAGCCUCAGACAGAUCAGUCAGAGGAAAGAGAGACAGUAGAUUUGGACAAAUGGAAGUCUGUAAUGAGAUCCCAAGCUGCAUUAGACGAGAAACAACAAGUCAUUGAGGAAGAGGAUGCGCCAGGAGGUGAUUUAAAGGACAGCUCUGCCCUGGAGGCAACCCGGGAUCUGGUUGCGAUGUGGCGUCAAGCUGGGAAGCUUGUACCUCAGGAGAUGACUGAUUUGGAGGUUCAGAUGCUGGCAAAGCUCACCACCAAGUCCUCCAGGAAAAAGUACCUGAAGUACCUGGCCCUCAGGGAAGGCCACAAGAAGUCCCGUAAGGAGAAGCAGCAGCAGAAGAAGGCAGAAAGGGAGGAGAGGCUGAAAAGAGAUGAUACGGAGGAAGGAGAUGACCAGAGAGGACAAGAGAUGAAAAACACAUUCCUCCUUCAGUUCUGGGGCCGGAGCCUUGACAAGCUUCUGGGCUGGAGGAGCGCCCAGGCCAUGGUGUUCGGUCAGCCGCUGGUGUUUGACAUGAGCUACGAGCCCAACAUGUCCAGGCGGGAGAUAGAAAACACUGUGUCCCAGCUGAUGGAGGUGGAAGGAUGGAACCGGCGUGCCGUUGAGCCUUACCACCUACACUUGUGCAACCUGCAGCCAGACGGGGCUUACAAGAACGAGUUUCUCAAACGGUACGGUGCAGAGGCCUGGGAUCGCCUGCUCAUCACCUCCACUGACCGCCAGCAUGUCGAUGUGUUUCCUCAUGAACACCUCGUAUACCUCACUGCUGACUCCCCUAAUGUCCUCCGCACCUUUGACCACUCGAAGGUCUACAUCAUCGGAGCUCUAGUGGACCGGUCGAUCCAGCCAGGCUUGUCACUAGCGAAUGCCAAGCGUCUAAAGCUGGCUACAGCCCGUUUACCGCUGGAUGAGUUCCUCCACUGGGAGUGCGGAGCCAAAAAUCUGACUCUGGACCAGAUGAUACGCAUCAUGUUGACAUUGAAGGACACGGGGAAAUGGGAGGAGGCGUUGAAGUUUGUGCCUAACAGGAAGCAUGAUGGCUUCCACCCACAGCAGGCACAGAGAGAAAUCACCAACGACAGAGUCAGAGUCACAAGUCAUGGACCAAGAGAGGAUGGUGACAGGUCGUUAAGAUCUAGAGAAAGAAUGAAUGAAAGGAUAUUUAGAAGUGGGGACCGUAAAGACUCUGGGUUCAGUGGUAGGGACAGAGUGUCUGGACUGCACAGCAACAGAGAAAACAAAUCAGCUGCAACCAGAGUACGGACAUCAUUUAAGAGCAGCAUGGAGGGAAGAAAUAGUGCAGGCAAAGGCAAGAAGUGGUGGGAUAGUGAAUGAACUAACAUUGCCAUUAAUUGGUUAAUAAGGACACAUCUGUUUAUAAUCACUGUCUGAGGAAAUGUCAAAAAACUGUAACAAGUGCUAAAUAAAAUGUUGCAAUAGGUA